AGGUAGAAGCCAUUGGUUCAGUUGGGUGCGAAACAUGGCCGCCGACCUCUUCUCGGCCUCUGCCGCCGUGGUCCUCUGCCUCCUGACCUUCGCUCCCGCUGAUUCCUCGAACCCGGAGUCGGUGGCCGUGUCCGGCCUUCCGGAAGUCAGCAACGCUUUCCCGGAUCAAGAGGACUGGGCCUUGCGAGGAGCGAGGCAGCGGCAACACCACCGGCACCAGGGCGAGCACGGGAUGAGUCGGCCCGCUGGGCUGCGGCAGAAGGAGGCCUUCCUGGGGUUCGGGUUCCCGUCCGCCGGGGGGGAGAACCACGGGCCGGGAGCCGAGAGAGCCGGGAGAGCCCACCGGGAGCAGCGGAGACACGGGCGCAGGGACAGGACGGGGCCGCACACAGGGACCCCCAGCGCUCUGUACCGGAGGCCGUGGGAGGCGGAGGAGGAGCGGCUGCAGGCGUCACCCUUGGAAGGGUCCUCCGGAGGGUCAGCCCCACCGUCAGGACCUCCCCCGAAGGCCACUUCACCCCGCCCCAAGGCCAGGCCACGCUCAGGAGAGGUGCUCCCCACCCUGGACAUGGCCCUCUUCGACUGGACCGACUACGAGGACCUCCGGAGCGAGAUGUGGUCGUCCGGCGGGAAGAGAGGUCUAGGGCGCCAGAAGCCGGGCGGAAACGAGACCCACGGCGAGCCCUGCGACCACCACCUGGACUGCCUCCCCGGUUGUUGCUGUGACUUGCGCGAACAUCUCUGCAAACCUCACAAUCGAGGGCUGAACAACAAAUGUUAUGGGGACUGUAUGUGCACGGAAGGUUUGCGCUGCUUUGCCAAAUUCCACCGCAACCGCCGUGUGAUGCGCCGCAAGGGCCGCUGCCUGGACCCCGGCUCAGCCGACCCCGACCGGGGUUCCUUCAUGGCCACCUAGGCCCCGUCUGUCCGCACAGAGGAACAAAACCGCUUCAGUCCAGCUUCCAUCCGGCAGACCCUUCCCCUCCCACUCCCCCCCCCCCCCUUUUAGGCCUCUUCCUAUUUGUAAAUAAAUAAAGAGAUAGCUAUCCUUCGCACACA